AUGAUCGACAAAACGGCGGUAGAAUUUCUUAUAGAUUCUGGAGCAUCGAUUAACACAGUCACUGAAGAAGCGUGGGACGUUAUACAGCAACGAAAUACAAAAGUAUUCAACUAUAGAACGAAAUGUGAUCGCCAAUUCAACGGUUAUGCUAGCCAAGAACCUUUGCAGGUGAAGGCGAUGUUUGAAGCAUGGCUGUCAAUCAACCCAGUGAAGCCCAAGUGUUAUGCGGAAUUUUUCGUGAUCGAAGGAGCUCAAAGAUCGUUGUUGAGUAAAAGCACAGCUGAGGAGCUUAAGGUCCUUAAGGUUGGGCUACAUGUGUCUAACAUUGAUGGGUUGGUCAAACCGUUUCCGAAGUUUCCUGGAAUAUUAGUCAAGUUGUCUAUUGACGACCGGAUCAUUCCAAAGAAAGUAGCCUAUCUCAGGGUACCAGCAGCCAUGGAGCAAAAAGUCAACGACAAACUAGAAGAACUGUUAUUGAGUGAUGUCAUAGAAAGAGUCGUGGGCUCCCCCGAGUGGAUUUCCCCGAUGGUAGUGGUACCGAAAGGUAAGGAUGAUGUUAGAAUAUGCAUCAAUAUGAAGAAUGCUAAUGAAGCUGUCCAACGUGAACAUUAUCCACUACCAGUUAUCGACACUUUUUUGAAUAAAUUGAAAGGUUCAAAAUUUUACUCGAGGUUGGACAUAACAUCUGCUUACCAUCACGUUGAGCUUCAUCCAGACUCCCGGAGCAUUACAACUUUCAUGACGGGAAAAGGACUCAUGCGAUUCAAGCGUCUCAUGUUCGGGAUUAACGCAGCUCCUGAAAUUUUUCAGAGGAUUAUGACCGAGAUGCUGAUGGGAAUUGAGGGAGUCAUAAUAUAUAUAGACGAUAUCGUUGUGUUCGGAAGGACUCGUGAAGAACAUGAUGCGCGACUGGAGGAAGUCCUCCGUGUUUUGAAAGAUAAUAAUGCUUUACUCAACAAAGAGAAAUGCGUCAUUGGAGUACAAGAAAUGGAGAUACUCGGAUUUAAAGUGAGUACUACUGGGAUUAGUCCUUCUGAAGAAAAAGUAUCUGCCAUUAAGAAUUUUCGCCUGCCGUCAUCUAAAGAAGAGGUACGUAGCUUCUUGGGACUCGUUAAUUUUGUGGGCCAGUUCAUCCCCGAUCUCUCGACCAGAUCUGAGCCUUUGCGGAUGUUUGUACGUGGAGAAAUUGAUAAAUUUGGUGAUAAUCAGCAGAAAGCCUUUGAUGAUCUACGUAACGAGCUGGUUAAUAACGUGCGCAAGCUUGGAUUUUUCGAUCCGUGUGAUACGACUGAACUUUAUGUUGAUGCCUCACCAGUCGGGUUGGGGGCAGUGUUGAUACAGAAGGAUGAUAAGGGUGUUUCUAGAAUCAUAAGCUUUGCGUCAAAGGGAUUGACGCCUGCCGAGCGAGUGUACCCACAAACCCAGAGAGAGGCAUUGGCGACCAUAGGACACUGGAAUAUAUUUAUGAAGGCAAGCACCAAAACGGAAGACGAGCCUGUUCAAGGGCUGAAGGUUUUGCACUUCGUUUACAACCUUAUAAUUUUCGUGUUCGAUAUAUUCCAGUGCGAUGCAGCGUUUGAUGAAGGUUCAGAUCACUUUCUGUUUGCGUUAAACGAAGGUCUUUCUGCGAUAACUUUGAAAGAGAUUCAGAAAGAAACAGAGGCAGAUCAGGUUUUGAUGGCAGUGAUUAACGCUCUUAAAACAGAUAAGUGGGAAAAAGAGCUUUUCCGGUACCAAGCUUUUCAAAAUGAGUUAGGAUCAAUCGAUGGAAUCGUAGUCAGGAAUGACAGGAUUGUACUUCCUAAAAAGUUGCGAUCGAGGGCAUUGCAAAUCGCGCACAAAGGGCAUCCCGGUAUCGUUGCAAUGCGACGAAACUUGAGGGAGAAGUUAUGGUGGCCCUGUAUGGACCGCGAUGUGAAUGAAACUGUACAACAAUGCGCUGGUUGCUCCGCCGUUAGUAGACAGAAUCCACCCGAGCCAAUGAUAAGAACGGAGAUGCCUGAACGUGCUUGGCAGCAGAUAGGAAUUGACUUUUUCUCUGCCAAAGAGUGUGCCACGUUCUUAGUGACCGUGGAUUACUACAGCCGGUUCUUGUCAGUAUCUGAAAUGAAAAUCACAAAUGCGGCUAAGACUAUUGAAGUGUUGGAGGCCCUAUUCCGUGAGCAUACUUAUCCGGAAACUAUACGUUGCGAUAAUGGCCCUCCAUUCUCCAGUGUAGAGUUUUCUGAAUAUUGCACUAGUAGAAACAUUCGAUUGGUACACACUAUCCCUUAUUGGCCUCAGAUGAACGGGCUAGUCGAGAUGCAGAACCAAGGGAUAUUGAGGGCAUUGCGCAUUGCGAAAGUAACCCAAACUGACUGGAGAAAAGCCUUGCAAGAUUAUGUGUAUAUGGUUAAUACCACGCCUCAUUCGACGACGGAUAAAGCACCGUUUGAACUGCUAACAGGAAGGCCAGUUAAGGACUUAUUACCCUCUCUAAGAACGGACCCCAACUGGAUGAGAGAUGAGAGCACACGGGAAAAAGAUGCAAUCCGGAAAGUGAAGGGUAAGAUCUACGCAGAUGAACGCAGAAAGGCUAAAACUUCCGAAAUAGAAGUCGGUGACAAAGUGAUGAUACGGAACUAUGAAGCGGGUAAGUUGGAGCCCAAGUUUCGGCUGGAAAAAUAUACAGUCAUCGAAAAGACAGGAAGUGACACAUUAGUAGCGAAUGAAGACGGAACAACGUAUCGCCGUCCAAUUUCCCAUUUGCGGAAGUUUCCUUUGCAGAAGACAACAGAGGAUGUCACUGAACGAAUGACGCAAGAAGACGUUAUCGUUUCGUCCGAUAACUCAGAAUCUGAUAGUCCAGUAAAAAUGAAUCUGGGUAAUAAAAGAAAACACCAGGAAGUGGAUAAUAAUGAUGGAGUCGAUAGCAAAGAACUUCCACCGAAUCGUCCAACUAGACCGAAAAAGCUCCCUUCGCGAUACAUGGAUUAA